AUGGCUGACGUUCUCUCUGCAUCACUGCUGUCAGAUGAGCCGACGGCGCCCACGCUAGCGUCCAUGCCAGCCGAAAUCCUCGAGAAGAUCUUCGCCCUCGCCAUCCCUGAGCAAGUCAUAAUGAACGACACUCGUGAUAUCUCCAAAGCCUUGAGAUUCCGUCCCAUCAACUGUGUUUGGAGACUGGACGGGAUUUAUUCGGUACACAAAUGGACAUAUGAGCUACUGAAUGUGUCGAAGCGUCUCAGAGCCAUCAUCGGACCGAUCCUGUACACUCGGAUCAUCAUCACGCCCGGAUUCUUCCUGAGUAAGAGAUCAAGCUCGCACUUCUCAGCAGCUAGCGAGAUGAAACAUGAGCCGACGAGGUACUCGGGAAAGAAGGUCAAGCCUUUCAGUGUUUGUAAGACUGCCAAGCAUGGGUUGGAUCGGAAGUUGCGAGAGAUUUGUGGGCUGCCGUCGGCUUGUAUCCUCGAGGAGGAGAAGGAAGAUGUACUGAGUCAAGUAAGAGCUGGAGCCGAUGAGAGUAGUGAUUGA